AUGUCCGGCUUCGUGCGCAGCAGCCACUACCGCCACGUCUUCGUCGACCCGCCCAAGGUCGAGAACACCUACAAGGGCUUCCGACUCGCGACGGUCACCGGCGAGCAGCAGUACAUCAAGGGGAACACCAAGUUCUUCGCCGUCGCGCUCCAGGGCGGCGGCGGCCCGUUCGCGGUCGUGCCCUACGGCAAGAAGGGCCAGUUCGCGCCCGGCACGCCCGUCGUCGCGGGCCACAAGUCCGCGGUCCUCGACUUCGACUUCAACCCCUUCCACGAGCACAUCAUCGCGUCGGCCUCCGAGGACUCGACCAUCAAGGUCUGGGGCAUCCCGCCGGACGGCCUCACGGAGACGAUCACGGAGCCGCUCGUGGACCUGCACGGCCACGGGCGCAAGGUGACGCUGCUGCGGUUCCACCCGACGGCGAACAACGUGCUCGGGUCCGUGUCCGGCGACUUCUCCGUCAAGGUCUGGGACAUCGAGAAGGGCUGCGAGGUCAGCGGCAUGCCCGCGCACGAGCAAUUGAUCCAGGACCUCGUCUGGGACUACGAGGGCAAGAUGUGGGCGACGACGUGCAAGGACAAGAAGGUGCGCCUCGGCGACCCGCGGGCCGGCGCCGUGGCCAUGGAGCUGCCGGAGGCGCACGCGGGCGCGAAAUCCGUGAAGAUGACGUUCCUCGGCGACACGGGCCGCUUCCAGCGCCGCUUCGCGACCGUGGGCUUCACGAAGCAGUCCCAGCGCCAGAUCAAGGUCUGGGACGUGCGCGACCUGUCGAAGAUGGUGCACAAGGUCGACCUCGACCAGGCGGCGGGCGUCAUCGUGCCCUACUACGACUGCGACACGAAGGUGCUCUACCUGUGCGGCAAGGGCGACGGCAACAUCCGCUACUACGAGAUGUCCAAGGACAAGCCCUUCGCCUUCGCGCUGUCGGAGUACCGCUCGACGCAGGCGGCCAAGGGCUCCUGCUUCCUGCCGAAGCGCGGCCUCAACGUCAUGGCCUGCGAGACCGCGCGGUGCCUCAAGCUCACGUCGCAGAACGGCAACGGCAUCGUCGAGCCGCUGAGCUUCAUCGUGCCCCGCAAGUCCGACGCGUUCCAGGACGACAUCUUCCCGGACACCUUCUCCGGCCACCCGUCCUGCACGGCCGACGAGUGGCUCUCCGGCGUCACGAAGACGCCCCUCAUGAUGUCGCUCAACCCGGACAGCGCCGGCGCGAAGCCGACGGGCGGCGCGACCAAGGCCUUCGUGCCCAUGAAGACGCCCGCGGCGCUCCAGAAGGAGAUCGACGAGAAGGACAAGAGGAUCGCCCUCCUCGAGGCGCGUCUCAAGGCCGCGGGCCUCGACUGCUCCUGA